GUAUCAAUUUUAGUAUCUCUUAGCAGUUUGAUAAUUUACAAUUCGUUCCUUUUUAUUCAAGAUAGUUCUAAAGACGCGUACACUGUCGGUGAAACAAUACGAGUUGUUGUUACUUUGUACGAUCGCUACGGGCAACGUAAAUAUUCUGGAGGUGAUCAGCUUAGAGCUACAAUUGAAAACAAAACUUUCUUGGCGUCAGCCCCCUGUAUUGUGGACGACAACAGAGACGGUACGCAUGCGCUGUUGUGUGAAACAUUUUGGGAAGGUGAUUCAAUAAUAAACGUAAAACUGGCAUAUACCAGAGAGACAAUUACUAGUAUUUAUCGCACAAGAACCAAGGUUUUAGCUAAUAGAAAGUUAUGUGGCCUGUACAUGAACAGAACUUCCACAGACGAGACCCCUUGUGCACCAUGUCAUCCUAACAACACACAUCUGCGGCUGCUUACUAACUACACACAGCUUUGUAACUUGACUAGUUUCAACACGGGAAUGCCGUUUUAUUGUGGAAAACCAACAAAUAAACUUUUGUCGUGUAAAAACUUGCAGCGUGUGAAGAUGGAGAAAUGCGAAGUUCUUCCAAUCACAGACAGUGAGAAGGUGCUUUUUAAAAGAGGACAAGUCACAUUUAACCAGACUUUAAAAGUUACUGUUGAGAACAGACGUGAAGAUAUCAAAUAUUUCUCCGUGACAGACAGACCGUCUAUACCUUGUUCACAGUACAAUAUUUCAAGAACGUGGCAUUUUAGAAGGCCUACGGGCUUCUUUUAUGGUGGAAAAUGGAACUUACAAACUUGCCUCGGUGUUCAAAAGCAGCAUUAUAUGUCAUGCCUUAAAAACAGACGUUUAUAUUUGUUUGGUGAUUCGACAGUGAGACAGUGGUAUGAAGCUGUUAUCAAGCGUUUUAAAUGUAAACUGACAUCAGACGGAUUUGAGAAAUGUCCAAAAUGUCAAGGAGAGUCAACGUGUGUCAACAGAGACAUAAAUUUCAAAGCAAACUGGUACUUUCACGCUCACCCAAUCUUCAUGGGGCGAGCCUGGGGCACUACGCGUCAUUGGCACUCUAUUUCUUUUCGUAUAGACAACCUACCACGAAAUGAACGUGCUAUUGUAUUGAUACAUGUUUAUGCGCAUGUUAUUAACUUCCACCAUAACGUUUUUAGGCAAAAAAUGGAAAUAAUCCGCAAAAGCGUUGAAAAUUAUUUAUUAGAUAGCAAAUAUUCGAUUGUCUUGAUUAAAGCACCGCAUGCAUUUGAAGGUCCAGCUGGAGAAUGUAGGCUACAUGACUAUUACGGCGAUGUAUAUAGUAAGAUCUUAUUUGAGGUAUUUGAUGGCUUACACGACAAAGUUAUACUGCUAAAUAAUAGAGAUGCUACGCUCGCUCAGCAUGAGAAAUUGGUCCAUCCAAAAGGAAAUAUAGUAAACGCUAUGAUAGAUCAAAUGAUGAACUUUGUAUGUUAUUAGUCAGUAUACAUUUGUGUGAUAAAUAUAUUUUUAUU